AUGGCCAAAGAUGAUGUCCAAGACAACUUCUGGACUAUCGAGACCGACACCUUUCUGGACCACGUCCUUGGCUGGAAGACUGCUGACAACAACGUCCGCAAUGUCCUCCACACGCUGAACUCGUCUUCAGCCCAGUGGCUUUCCCUACCGAAGGUUCCGAAGCUAGAGAAGGAGCUCUACUCUUCAUUCGCAGAUACUGCCAACGCAAUCAUCGCUGCCUGCAGCGCCACUAAUCCCAUAGUUGAACUCGCGCUUGACAUCUCCUGGCAAGCGGGUCCUAAUAAAAGCCCGAAGUCUCCCGACCGGUGGUCGCCGCAGAUUCGCCCUGACUCGCUGGCCGUUAUCGGACUAAAGGACGCCCUAGAUGAGUUCAAGAGACUCGACACACGGAUUCAAGAUCUUGAGCACCAACUGGGCUCUGGGCCGGAGGAAGAAGCUGAAAAGGAGGAUUUGAAGCUUCAGCGAAAGGAGGUGCUGAAGAAAUGCGAGUUAUGGUGGUUGCGUGUUCAUAUUCCUGUUGAGAUGAAACUGAAGAACAGUAAGGAGGAGAUGUUGGAAGGGAUACUCCAGCUCUGCAGCUACAUGUGGAUGGUGCUCGCCGAGCAACUGGACCGGCGCUUUGCUAUAGGACUUCUGUUGUGCAAGUCAAAGCUUACAGUAUGGAUGUGUGACCGCUCUGGUUUGGUCGGAACACGCACCGCGAUCGAUAUCCAUGCCGAGCCUAAAAAGUUCAUCAAGGUCAUCAUAUCUUUGUCUCGUCUCAAUCCCUCUAGGCUCGGUUGGGACACAACAAUGCGUAUCUAUCGCAUGGAGACGGCUACAUAUCACUUCUCCACAGAUAAGGAUGUGACCGUCGACUACUAUGGUGUGAGCCCACAUGAGACGACUUGGGCUAUACAAGGUCCGAGAUCUGACGGAAACGAGGGCAAAGACAGGUACUUGACGGUCAAAGCUCUCAGUACCGUGCAAGCGCAGGUGAUGGAAGGUCGAGCGACGAUUGUGUGGCUUGUUGUGAACGAGAGAACCAUGGAGCGGUUUGUGCUCAAACAGUCGUGGCGUCCGGAGAUGUUGCAGACUGAAGCAACAUUCCAUAAAUUCCUGUCCAAGCCACCCUCUAUUCACAUCUGCGAUAUCGUCAACUCGGUCGACAUCAGAGUCAUGGACGACGAGCAGGGAGGCAUGGUGGUCAACAACACGGUCAAUCACAUUCGUUGCAGCGUGGAGGUCCAAGCCUCUUCACUCAAGAGAAGUAAGUUGCCUAAAGAUCCCGGAGCAUCCGAAUUACGCUCGACCAAGCGCAAGAAGCCGGAGCUCGAUGAGUCCCAGCCCCAUGAAAGCUUUCUUCACGUUACAUUGACUUCUUCUGAGGUCUUGAAAUUCCCUGUCAUUGCCGACAGAUGA